ACCUCCCUCGGCCCACCCCCUUACCCCUCCGCACAGGCACGGAGACCUGGAGAGGGAGAGCGGACGGGUGGACGCAGGCUGGCGGGCUGCGAGAGGGAGCCGGGCGACGUGGAAAGAUGGAGGACUGAGCAGGCGCGCGCCUCCUCGGGCCGGCGGCGGCGGCCUCUCUGCCCCAACUACCCUCCUCGGAGCCCGCGGUGCGGGAGUCGGGACUCACCCGAGUCAGGUUUUCUUGAAGAAAUGAAGGUUUAAGAGAUAUUUAUCUAUCAAAUCAAAAUAUGGGAGCAAACAGCAGCAGCAUUAGUGACCUUUCGGAAAAUGAAUAUCUAAAAAGGUUGUCUGGAGCAGAAUCUAUCUCUGAGAAUGACCCAUUCUGGAAUCAACUUCUUUCUUUUUCUUUUACUACACCAACUAACAGUGCUGAACUGAAGCUCUUAGAGGAAGCCACUGUCUCAGUCUGCAAGUCUUUAGUUGAAAAUAAUCCUCGAACAGGCAACCUUGGAGCACUUAUAAAGGUCUUCCUUUCUAGAACCAAAGAAUUAAAGAUUUCAGCAGAAUGUCAAAACCACCUCUUUAUUUGGCAGGCCCACAACGCUUUGUUUCUUAUUUCUUGUUUGCUGAAAGUGUUCAUCAGUCAGAUGCCUGAGGAGGAAAUGCAGCUUCAUUUUACUUAUGAAGAAAAAUCUCCAGUCACUUAUCAAGCUGACUCUGAAGAUCUCAUAGAAGAACUGCUCUGCUGCUUAAUCAAGUUAAUCAUUGACAUCCCACUCUUAGAUAUAACGUAUGGAAUAUCGCUAGAGGCUGUGUCAACACUGGUUGUUUUCCUUUCCUGUCAGCUCUUCCAUAAGGAAAUUUUGAGACAGAGCAUAAGCCACAAGUACCUGAUGCAUGGACGAUGUCUUCCCUAUACCAGCAGACUUGUAAAGACCUUAUUGUAUAACUUCAUCAGACAAGAAAAGAGACCUCCCCCUGGGACCCACAUCUUUGAGCAGCAAUCAGAUGGUGGAGGAUUGCUUUAUGGCCUUGCAUCAGGAGUAGCAACUGGGCUUUGGACAGUCUUCACACUGGGUGGAGUAGGAAGUAAACCAGCACCUCAUCAGGAACAGUCUUCACCUCUCGCCAGUCAGAGCCUUCUGCUGCUGCUUGUGCUGGCCAAUCUCACCGAUGCCCCUGAUACACCAAACCCCUACCGACAAGCCAUUAUGUCUUUUAAGAACACACAAGAUAACACUGCUUUUCCCUCUUCAAAUCCACAUGCUUUCCAGAUUAACUUUAAUAGUUUGUAUACAGCCCUGUGUGAGCAGCAGAAGUCUGAUCAAGCAACUCUUCUUUUGUAUAUGUUACUGCAUCAAAAUAGUAAUGUGAGGACAUACAUGUUGGCUCGCACAGAUAUGGAAAAUCUUGUUGUACCAAUUCUUGAGAUUCUAUAUCAUGUUGAAGAAAGGAAUUCACACCAUGUGUACAUGGCUCUUAUUAUCUUGUUGAUCCUGACAGAAGAUGAUGGCUUCAAUCGAUCCAUUCAUGAAGUGAUACUCAAAAAUAUUACCUGGUAUUCAGAACGGGUUUUAACAGAGAUUUCACUGGGUAGUCUUCUGAUAUUGGUGGUAAUAAGAACCAUUCAGUACAACAUGACAAGAACAAGGGACAAAUACCUUCACACAAAUUGUUUAGCAGCUUUAGCAAAUAUGUCAGCACAAUUUCGUUCACUCCAUCAAUAUGCUGCCCAGAGAAUUAUCAGUUUGUUUUCUUUGCUAUCUAAAAAGCACAACAAAGUUCUGGAACAAGCCACACAGUCCCUAAGAGGUUCCCUGAGUUCUGAUGAUGUUCCUCUGCCAGAUUAUGCACAGGACCUGAAUGUGAUUGAGGAAGUAAUUCGAAUGAUGUUAGAGAUCAUCAAUUCCUGCCUGACAAAUUCUCUCCACCACAAUCCAAACCUGGUAUAUGCAUUGCUUUACAAACGGGACCUCUUUGAACAGUUUCGAACUCACCCUUCAUUUCAGGAUAUAAUGCAAAACAUAGACCUGGUGAUCACCUUCUUUAGUUCACGACUUCAACAGGCUGGAGCCGAGCUGUCAGUGGAACGAGUCCUGGAAAUCAUCAAGCAAGGAGCUGUUGCAUUGCCCAAAGACAGGCUGAGGAAAUUUCCAGAGCUGAAGUUCAAGUAUGUGGAAGAGGAGCAGCCUGAGGAAUUCUUCAUCCCCUAUGUCUGGUCUCUUGUGUACAACUCAGCAGUCGCCCUAUACUGGAACCCACAGGACAUCCAGUUAUUCACAAUGGAUUCAGGCUGAGGGCCCGCACCUGCCUUCUCCACUCCCUGCCCCACCCCACCCCAUGCAAAGCAACUCUUCUAGUUACCUAUUCCUGGAAGAGACAGACCUAUGUGUACUCUAGAGCUGAGGCUUACAGAGAAUGGAGCUUUCUAACCUUGUAUAGUUUUUGACUUUAAAAUUUCAUACCAGACAGCAGGAGAGCGCCAAGUAUAGAAUGUGGCACAAAAAAGAAAAGGACAAAAAAAAAUAAGAAUAAAAGUCUGAUAUGUGACCUUUAAUUUGAUUUCUCAACAGAAAACCUAGAGCUUAUCCAGAGAAUUGAUGCUUUAUGAACUUGGCAUAAUACUGCUUACUCCUUGUUCAAGUGUUCAGAGGGACUUUUUUGAGGAGCGGGGAGAAGAGAUUGUUUGGGGUUUUCUGUUUGGGUUUGUUGUUUUGUUUUGUUUUUGCUAAGAAUGGGUAAAUGAGAAAAAGCCAAGUGAACAAGCUGACUGAACAGGUAUUCAGGGAAAUGAAACUUAAAAGCAUAUAAAUCUGGUUACCUUUUAAGGAGGCCUCCUUUUAUUUAACCAGCUUUGUGUAUUUAUUUUCCUUUGCUUCUACGCAAAUCAUCCUCCCCAAGAAGGAAGAGGAUUCCUUGCUCUAAAACUGCCCCUGCUUUCUGAGCUGGAAGUAAAAUAGAGGCCAGGGGGUGCCCGUGAAUUGAUUGACUGUGUAAUGGUCAUUGGGGAAGAGGUUAAUUUUGAAAGCAACUUAUUUUGUUGCUUUCAGGGAGUCAGGAGGAAGGGGGGAAAGAUCAAUUCAAUCCAUUCAGUGAACAUUGAUUAAACUCUAGGUUAGGUACUCUGCUAAGGCAAGGGUUACAGCAAUCCCUACCACCACAACCCCCUCCUCCUAGGGAUCAAGCCUAAUGGGGGAAACAGCCGUACACACAACUGAAUCAGGGUGGGAUAAGGUCAAAGCAGAGAGCUGAACAAAGGCCUGUGAGAAGUUUAAGGAAGACUGUUGUAGCUGGGGUGGGAUUAGAGAGGCCUUCGAGUUGGAGGUGGCCCUAAUAGCCAAAUCCCUGUGAAGACAAAAAGCACGUGUUUCUCUUCCCAUUGGAUGAGAAAGCCUUCCUGUUUGCAUCUCUGCACUGAGCCACUGAUUCAGCCAGAGAGGGGAUGUUCAGGAAGGAGCUUCCUUGAAGGAAGCACUGGGGACAGCAGGGGCAUCUCGGCCACCAUCUGACUUCAGCCUCCACCAUCUGCAGCUUGUUCAUCUCAGAAGCUGCAGAAAUGAAUGUGGCUCCAUCGUAACUUGGGAGAACAGGGGGGAGAUAUCCAAACCAGUGCCACUUUUUUAAGAUGCUUAAGCUUGCUGUGUUCUUUUCAACCAAGAAAUCCAAGUGCCAGGCAGGCAAUGUUAGAUAUGAGUCUCUUUUUUCAGACCUAAUAUCAUUUGGUGUCUUUCUGGGAGCAACAUCUCCUUGCUCCAGUAUGAGAGGUCCAGAGUGACUUUGGGCUGACUGGCUUUUUCAGAUGACCCUCUGACCAGCUUUUCUCACUCAGUCCUUCCCCACUCUAAAAAAAGGUCAGAUUAUGAGAAUUGACAUUCAUAUAGAGCUUUAUGCUGUCAAAGCCCCUUUUCUCUCUUACCCAAUUUGAGCCUCCCAGCAGCCACAGGAUUAGAGCAGAUGGUAUCUUCUUUUGAGCCCGUCAUCCAGAGGCCAUGACCUAGUUAGUGGCAUCGCCAGGACCUGGGCUCAGUGCUCCCUAGUCAGUCAGUAUCCCUCCCCCAGGGCAUACGGCUCCUUUCCUGCUCCUACCGAAACUGUCUUUUAGGUAAGCAUGCAUAGUAAUGGUGUAUGUAAGACAUAAAAACACUCAAUAUAGCAUACCCAGAAUAAUAUUCUUAGCUACUUUCCCCUUAGAUCUCUGGCUUUGGGAAGGAAGCCAUCUGAAAACUGAAACAGCAGACCUCUCAUUGUAAAAAGAGGAAAUCAUUUGAUUGUCAACUAAAUGUAAAAGUUGCAUUUAGGUUGGGCUUAGAAAACAGUUCACAGCUUUGAAAGCGAUGAGCAGAACCACUAUGUGUGGCGGUUUGAUCCUUGUCCUUUCCCCAUGAGGCACCAAGAAGUGAAGUUUGGCAAGGCCGCCAUACCUUUCCCCCACCCCCCAAGACUCAGAGCCUGGGUGGGACUGUUGGACCCUUAGUAAAGUAUAGGAAAAGAGUUACUUAAGGGCUUCAGCAGGAAGAAAGCACAGCUCUGGAGUUCAGCAGCCUAAGGAGUCAAGGGAGGCAGCAGACACAGCCAGGCUGCCAAGCUUUCUUCCUCCCCCUACCAUCGGGCCUUGCUGAGCUGAUGUUCUCCUGAGCCGAAGAGGAGCAAGUUGGUGCCCCAACAAAUCAUUUUCUUUCUGUCUCUCUUUUUUAAUUAACCACACAGUGGAGGGAUUCAGCGGGCCAGCCACACAGCUGGGGGGCCAAAGCCUCCAACUAUUGCUGGAGAGAGGGACAAUUACCAGAACUACAUUGCCAGCCUGAGGGGUGGUGGAGGCUGGGAGCCAAGAUGCAUGAGUCGGCCUGGCUCCUCACCCAGGCUCACCCCUGCACCACUGUCUCUCACUCGGCUCUGGAAAACCGGCCGCCUAGACUCCCUUCCUCCCAUACUCUGUGUGACAGACUUACUGUCUCGUAAUAAUAAUCAAAAAAAAAAAAAAAGGAGGCAAAUAACUCAGAUUAGUCCUGUAUUCAUUUUGCAUGCCAAUUUACUUUCAGGGGAUGAUGGGGAGGAGAGAAGCAGUCAAAAUCUAGUUAUUUUACGUGUAGUAGGAGAUAAUAAAAUCGUGCUGUUUUUGCUGGGCAGGG